UCAUUUUCUGUUAAUAUUAUCCCCCGUUUUUUAAAACCAGUGAAGUUCUUUCAUAUUAAAUGGAGGAAGAGGUCCGAGGUGAACUUGACCCAACUAGGUUGCGCACGACGACCAAAAACCGAUAAAGCUCAGUCAUAUUACAUAGUCCUAAUAAUAAUAAGAGGUUUCUUAUGGACCAUUGAGCUAUAGCAUAAGAUUAUUGAACGUAAAACUAUUAAUCAUGGGACCAGUGCACUGUAAGACUAUUGCACAAUAGGAACAUUGACACGGUAACUUAAAUUAAAACAACUGUUCAAUCCUCGGGAACCUGUCCAAUGUCUAACGUACCAAAAAUUAAAUAUAUCAUCUUUGACUUUUUUCAAAAUUCUGUUCAAACCGUUAUCUGAUACUGACACAUUAUCUAUAUUUAGUUUUGCAAUCUUUCUCCUUAUCAGGUUAACACUAAGGGAUUAAUUUUUUAAUAUGUACAUUAUUCAGUGAAUUCCAAUAUUUCUAUUAGAAUGCUCAGGGUCAGGCAUAUUGCAAAUAUCUUCAUUAAAAACCCAAGUUCAGCCUUCUCAUAGUUCUUGAACAAAAAACUUGCCAUCAGCAUCCGGUGCCCAACCCCCUUUUUAACAUUUUGCCUACUAUUAACAUAGAAGAAUUAUGCUCUUACUUUAAUCUUAUGAACCAGCAAUUUCUCAUAAUCUUUUUUUUUUAAUUUCCCAAUUUUUUAAAACCAAAUUACUAGCUUUCCUAUAGUUCUGUAAAUUUAAAUUUUUUAAUUUAGUGCAUUAAAUCUUGAUUUUAUCCCUUAUAUCUUUAUUAAUCAUGUUUGGUUUGAUCUUCUCUGUUAUCCUUUUCCAUCAUUUUAGGUCAAAAAUUGUUAUUUUGAAUUAAAAGUAAUUUAUUUUAAAUAUUCCAAAAUCUGUCCCAUAUCAUCUUUUAACAUAUUAUCUAAAUUCACUAAUCGUAAACAUUGUCACAUGGCCUCAGUAUUGGCUUUCUAAAAACUAGGAAUUAAGUUUAAUUUCGUUUUUUUUUAUCUCAGCAUGCAGCAAAAUAUCAGACCUAAUUAUGCAAUGAUCACUCAUUCCCAAAUGUUUUCUCAUUUCAACUCUUGCAAUCAUAUCCUCGAUAGUAGUUACAAUAAAUCGUAAAAUGAUAUCUCUUCUGGUUAGCUGUCUCGGUCACUUGAUAUGUAUGUAUGUAUGUGUGUGUAUUAUGUAUAUAAAACUUCUUUAAUCAUUUUAAGAAAUCUUUCUCCCUCACUGUUCGAGUCCAUACAAUCCAAUUGAUUGUGUCUGAAAUUGAAGUUCUGUAUGAUUAUUGUAUUAAUAAUCUUGUCAGCAACAACAAAUAAACUCAUAUAAAAUUGUUCACUGAUAUCUGUUUGACCAGGUGGCAUAUAACAACUGCUGUUUUUAAAUAUUUUAAUUUGUAUAACUUUGAAGUUCUUGAUUUUAAUUCACAUAGAUUCAACAUCUUGAAUAGCCCUUUCUUUUUAUAUCAGUUCCAACAGACUGGUGUGGACUAGUGGUUAGCAUGCCAAAAGUUAAUAAUUCUCUUAUUAUUAUUGCAAACAGAUUUGUGCUCCACAUCUUCAGCCCAUUAUAAAAAUAAUGGUGAAAGCCCAUUAUUUGAUCAGAGGAGAGUAUCCCAAUAGCUAACAGUGGCUGCUUUUUACUAGCUAUUUUCCCUCAGGUUCAUCAAUUAAAUAUUGGGGAUGGCUAAUGCAGAUUGUCCGUGUGUAGCUUUGGUCAAAUAUCUGAAAUUUGUAAGCUGAAAUUUCAGUGUUAUUUCUGUUAUCAAAGCUAAUUUUAGUAAUUCACAUUAUAUAAUAGCAUUUCUUUCAGCAUGAGCUCUGAACUUGGGCAUUUUUUCCCUAAUGCUUCAAAUAUUAGAAUACUAUCAACUGUCUGACAGAAUUACUUAAAGCUAUUAUUUACCUUGUAAUGCUCUAAAUGUUCAUCGUUCAGUUUCAGCAUUACCCCUAACUAUCCUAUCAAUUGGUUUAUUUCAAAUUUUCUAAGCUCCCUCACUAUCUUUCGUUAUUUUCUUCAGAAAAUAUCCAAAUACUUCGUCUGCUUAAGAAGAGCCCUAAAACUAUCCCACAAGACCAACCAGCCCAUCUGUUGGUCUUAGCAUAUUUCCGAUAAUCUUUCGUUUAACUUUGGAUUCUACUCCUACGGGGGCGGCACAGUCGCCAAAAUCAUGAGGAACGACAGGAACCAAUCCAAGAAAAAAAUUCAUCUGUUGAAGUUAUGCAGUUAUCUGUGACAGAAAAUGAAGAAAUAGAGGAUCUUAAAAAGAAGUUGGAUGAAAUGACAGCAAAAUGUCUAAAAUUGGAAGGAACAAAAAAAACAGACUCGGAAACACCUGUUCCAGUUAUUGUGGAAAAAAAAGGUGACAAUGAUACACAGCAGGAAGAGGAAAAGCUGAAACUAACCAAUGAAAAGUUAGAUAUAGAAAAGGUGAAGCUACAAGAAGAACUUAGUUGGAAGGAAGUCGAGAUUAAGGAACUAAAGGAAGAAAUUGAAAAACAAGAAGAAUUGUUUAUUCAUCAACAGGCUCAACAUGAAGAAAUUCUAAAAAACCUUGCAUCGGCAAACCGAGCUAAGUUACUUCUAACAGCCAGGCUAGCAGAUCAGGAAAAGAAAGUGUACGAACUGGAACAGAGCUUAGAACUACCUAUUUCUACCAGAAUAGAGAAUCGUGAAGAGCUUAAAGUUGUGAGAGAGGCUCUUUCGUGCCUAAGACGGUGUUUUGCUGCCACUGAUCCUUAUCAACAUACUCUCGAUACUAUUGAGCAGAGUUUAGCAUCCCUGUUGGAAAGGGUCAAUGCUUUAGAAUUUCAGAUAAACCCACAGGUUUUAAAGCAACAUAACGGUGAGAUGCACAGUGCAGGACAUUCCUCUUGCUUUACUCCAAAUGAGGUCUCGCAUGAUCAGGACCAAGUUUUUCACAACCAGCCAAAAGAACUAACCCUCACUGACAAAAGUCAAUUAACAAAAGUUGUGUACUACAUGGAAAAAUCUCCUACCCCCUUCAUGUCUGUUAUUCCUAAGAGGAUUGGGGAUAUCAGACUUGGAGAUUUUAAAAUGUUAUUUGACAGAUCAGGAAACUUUCGUUACCACUUCAAAACCUAUGAUAAUGAGUUUGGUAUAAUAAAGGAAGAGGUUAUGCAUGAUGAUGAGAUUCUUCCUGGCUGGGAUGGGAAGAUUAUUGCUUGGGUUGAAGAGGAUGUUGAAUAGUCCCAAUUAGUAACUUAU